GGGGGCCUGUCAGCAGCAUCUUUCGCAGUGCCUUGACCAGCAUCCUGAAGACACCGGCCCUACAGACCCGGCGAGAGCCGAAGAGGAGUGAGGAGCCACAGCCAGACUGGGGGGAGGCGGAGCACCAGGGUUCGAUGGCACCGACCACCAGCCACUCACCCUCAACGCCGCCAAGGUCACAGGCCCCAACCCGGGAGGUCCUUGAGAGGGCGGAGGAGUUGGAUCCCGAAACUGAGGCAGCAUCAACAGUGAGACGUGCCCGCCGCCUGGACAGCACAGACAGCCUGGGGGGGAUGUCACCCUCCGAAGCCAUGGUGCUCCAAUGCAAGAACAUUCCAGCCAGUCUUAACAGCAAGGACAUCCUGGGGGAACAUUUCCGCCAGUUCGGACGUGUGCAGCGGAUCUUCUGCAGGCCCCAGAAGAACCUGGCCAUAGUGCACUUCCACGACCAUGCUUCUGCUGCCAAAGCCAAGAAGAAGGGCAAACUGCUGCGCAGGCAUGAGCUCACCAUCUUCUGGCAGAGGAAGAAGCAGAGUCCAGGAGAGAAGGGCCAAAGGCCUCCAGAUGACCCUGAUCCUCAGAGCCAGGCAGGAGGCUUUGAGUCAGCCCCUGUCUGCAAAGCCCUCUCCAAAUCCACCUCCGGCUGGUCCUCCCUGCUAGAGCAGCGGGACAAGAUCCUGCGACAGGCUCGGCCCAAGAGGACCGACCUGGAUCUGUCCAAGGUGUUUGUGGGUACGUGUCCUGACAUGUGUCCGGAGAAGGAGCGUUACAUGAGGGAGACCCGGAACCAACUGAGCUCUUUUGAGGUCAUCCCCAACACGGAGAAGGUGGACCACACUGCUGCCAUUAAGGAGUACAGCAGGUCCUCUGCUGACCAGGAGGAGCCCCUCCCCCAUGAACUGCGGCCCCUUACUGUGCUGAACAUGACCAUGAACUACCUGGUUACCCAGGUCAUGGACCAGGGUGAGGACAACUACCGUGACUGGUAUGACUUUGUGUGGAACCGCACACGAGGUAUCCGGAAGGAUAUCACUCAGCAGCACCUGUGCGACCCGCUUACGGUGUCCCUUAUUGAAAAGUGCGCCCGCUUCCACAUCCACUGCGCACACCACCUGUGCCAGGAGCCCAUGAUGUCCUUUGAUGCUAAGAUCAACAAUGAAAACCUGACCAAAUGCCUGCAGAGCCUCAAGGAGAUGUACCAGGACCUGGCCAGCAAGAACAUCUACUGCCCUCAUGAGGCAGAGUUUCGGCAGUACAGCGUGCUCCUGAAGCUCAAUGAUGGAGACAUCCUCCGGGAGGUGCAGCAAUUCCGGGCGGAGCUCCGAAACUCUCCGGAGGUGAAGUUUGCCGUCCAGGCCUUUGCCGCUGUCAACAGCAACAACUUCGUGAGGUUCUUCAAGCUGGUCAAGGUGGCCUCGUAUCUGGCUGGUUGCAUCUUGCACCGCUACUUCGACCAGGUGCGCCGUGAGGCUCUGCGGGCCCUGAAUGUGGCCUACAGCUCCCGUGGUUCCACCACAUUCCCGGUCGAAGACCUGGUCCGGAUGCUCAUGUUCCAGAAUGCCGGCGAGGCUUCGGACCUCGCGCUGCAGUAUGGGCUCGCGGUCCGGACAGCGUACCAGGAGCCUGAGAUCCAGCCACGUCCAAAGCGCUCUGUGGCCAUCGCAAGGAAGCGGGAGGUGCUGGUGGGCCAAGUGGUCAACGGCGCGCCACUGCCCAACCCACCCCAACACACACCCGUCAACAGCUUUGACAGCCGCAACAAGUACCGUGGGGAUGGGCAGCCAGCGGAGGCAGGCAGUGUGCCCAGGGCUGCAGCCUCCCCUCAGAGGCCCCCCAUUGAGCUGGAUGCGCGGGCCCUCCAGCACCGAUCCAAGAUGCCGAGCGACCCAGCGGAGUCAGCUGGCCUCCCUGGUAGAGAGGAGAGUGGAGCACUUGGGGCAUCUCCGUCGGAGGCACCACCAGUCGCCCCACCUACGCCUCCCCCACCGGAGCCCGUUUACACAGAGCAGGACAUCGCCACGGAGGUAGAGGCCAUGCUGGAGGAGGUAGUGCAGGCCGAGGUGGCUGACGUGGCUGCCACCGAAGCCGCGUACAUCUCUGCUGCACUCAGCAUGUGCAACGGCCAGGUGGAGGCAGUGCUGAGUGAGGUGGUGGAGCAGAUGCUGCGGGAGGUUUCUGCUGCCGAGAUCCAGGCAGAGAGGGAGCAUAUCGCUGAGGAGAAGCGCAGGAUGGAGGAAGCCAGGAGAAAGCAGGAACACGAGGAGCUCCUGGCCCGGCUCAGCAAGACACUGUGUGCCGAGAUCACACAGGAGGUGCUGCGCGACUGCAUCGUGGAGACUGCCUCAACAGAGAUCAGGCGUGCCCAAGAAGAGCAGGCAGAAUGUGUGGCUCGCAGCUCACAAGACGUGUGUGAGGUACUGCUGGAGGAGACACUGUGUGGUGAGCUCACCCUGCUGGCCCAAGACGUCCUGGAAGCAGAGCUUCUGAGUAUACGCAGGUUCAUCAAAAGGUGGCGUGAUGUGGUGGCCGUGCGCAGGCAGCUGAAGCGACAGAUGCGUGAUUUUCCUGCUGCCCCUGGCUGUGUGGACCCCCGCUUCAGGCUGCAGGCCUUGGCCCCCAGUGCCCCCCCCUCACCCUGCCUGGACAGGCUGGCCCGGGGCGUGGUCAACCUGGGGCACGCUGGGGACCUCUCUGUUUCCUGCACCAGGUUGGCGAAGAUGCGAAGGGAAACCGAGCAUCAGAUGAAGGUCCACUUGUUCUACCAGCAGCUCCUGAGCGAAUCUGUGUGGGGGCCACUGGACCUGCUCAGUCUGGUGGCAGCAAGCGUCUCGAACCCAUCUGACACAAUCUUCUGGAAGGCAGCCCUCCAGACACUCAUUGAGGAAGGUUUGAUUUCAGAGUACAUGUUCGUCCAUAUCCCCGAGACCACGAACGAACCCCAAGGAUCCGAGCAGAUCCGCCAUGCCGUCAGGUGGCUCGCUGCCCGCUCCACGGCACCAGCCCGGCUCGUCUCGCAGACGUUGGUGCAGGUUGUGGAGGCCGGGCUCUGCCGCGAGUUUGCUGGUAGGCUUCACCGUGAUCGGAGGGACCGUGACAUGGCGGGACUGCCCUUCCAGGGCCCUGCACCCGUCAUCGGCCUCUACAACACUGUCCUGGCUUUCUUGGCUGGCCUUGUGUCGUCCCCGAGUCUGGCUGGCCUCUCCUGGCCCGUGGCAGAGUUCUUGGUGCCAGGGGGUGGUGACUGCCUACCACAUCUGCUCUGGAACUCGGCUGAGCACCUGGAGUGGCUCCAGGGGGCAGUCCUGAGCCUGCGGCUGCCCGACUGGCCGCUGCCAGCCGUGGGGGCUCCUUGGAGCCAGCUGGUUGCCUCCAUCUUCCAGUACGUAUCUCAAAUCCCAUGGUCCCGCCACAGCCAGCCACUCCUUAUGUCCCAGUUGGAGAACCUUUUGGAGAGGCUGCGUCAGGACUGUGUGGGCCGAGGUGGGGGGCCGGACAAGGAGCCCACUUUCUGGGAGGUGCCCUGGGACGAAAUUGUCAUGCUCUGUGUAGAGCACCAACUCCGGGACUGGAACCCUCCUGGGUGCCCCGUGAGUGAAGAUGUCAUCAGUGACGACGGAGAAAUCUCGGUG